AUGGGAGGUCACAGUAAUGCAUACCAGAGCUCAGACGAUGAGGAUCCGUCGCUGGCGGCCGAUAUCCUGAGGCAAUUCACCGCAGCUAAUACCAACCAAAAAUCUGAACAAGGUCUCAAAGCCAGUAAACAGAUAAUCCAAAUCAUUCCCCCAACUAUUGAUAAUAAGGAGGACUACAAUUUUUUACCUGGCUAUCUAAAAGUUGAAGAGAUCCUUGGUACGGUGAAUGUUUCCUAUCCAGCGAAAUAUUCCACUAGACUUGCAAAUGGGGAUAUUGUUAAUAAGGGACGCAAUGCCCUUUCUCGGUUCAAUCAAUCUCCGAUAAUCAGUGAUACUUCCAAAGAAGAUACAGUCACUCAUCACCAGUACCCAAGCCGAACGCGGUCUCAGAGGGAUAGCUUUUAUGUGAACUCCACAAUGCUCAGCCUAUCUUCAGAUGAUGAUCAACCGGCUAGCCCAUUUGCAAAACCAAUUACUUCAAGGCGCCUUUUGAGGAGAGGUAAUCGCAGCGAGGCAAGCACUGUACUCUCAAGGCGACGUUCUUCGCGUUUACUUCAAUUCACAGAUGCCCAAGGUUCCGAGCACAGUGAAGAUAAAUCGAUGGAAUCUUCAGAUGGAGAACACAGGAAAUAUAGACAACGAGUCAGACGCCGUGGAAGGCGCUCUAAGUCAUACAAAAAUGAAAAAUUUGCCAAACCUGUUUCAAUUGGAGUCCGAUCCUCGCAGAGAGUCAAAGCAUUAAAAAGUAUCGCAGAACGCUUGGAAGAUGACGUUUCAGAAACCGAAGAUAAUCCAGCAGGGGCGAAGUAUUCAGCGACAAAGGAAUUCUUCAAACAACUCCCAAAUGAAGAUCCCUUUAGAAAUCGUCAUCAAAAUGUGUGUAAUUCUUGCCGCUCUUCUGAUUCCGAAAAUGGUAUUCUUGUAUUCUGUCAAGGUUGCACUACAUCAUAUCACCAGAGAUGUCUUGGACCCCGCAGCCAAAGAGAGCACUUAGUCACAAAGAUUGGGGAAAUGGAUUUUGUUCUGCAGUGCCGACGCUGUUUAGGCUCUGCCCACACAAAAGACAUGCUUUCUCCUCAUCAGGGUGCUUGUACCCAGUGUCAUCAACUCGGCCCAUUAUCAAAGCCUUUAAGACCACGAACGACAGCCCGCGAGGAGCAGCUGCUGAGGGAAGAAAAUGGUGGUUCCGAUCCCAUACCUGAUAUUGACACUCCAUUGCAUAACUUAUAUAAUGUGGAUUCCAUCCUGUUUCGAUGUAUUUCAUGCGAGCGAGCCUGGCAUAUGAACCAUCUCCCACCUAGAGGACAAAACCCUCCCGGCAACAUGGAAGAGAGUGAUAGUGCAGAUUUCGGCAAACAAAAGUUCAGGGAAUAUUCGAGACGGUUUACUUGUGAGGACUGCGCCAAUAUGCCUGGGGAGAUAGAAACUAUUGUUGCUUGGCGCCCAGUUGAUCUUGAUAGCUUUAUACCUGGGUAUACUUCGGAAAUGAUGGAGGAGAUCGCCAAGGAAUAUCUAAUAAAGUGGCGGAAAAAAUCUUACUUCCAAACCUCAUGGAUGCCUGGGUCAUGGGUUUGGGCGAAGGCUGCUCCUGCCACCCGGAAAGCAUUCGCCAGGUCCUCAAAAUCCCUAAAGCCGAUUAUGUCGAAAGAAGAUGCAAUUCCAGAAGAAUUUUUGCGGGUUGACAUAAUUUUUGACUUGGAAUACUCAAAUGUGGUCAGAAAUUCAACACUCGAGAUUGAUAUGGCCCGCGUCAAAGAGGUAUCAAAGAUUUAUGUCAAGUAUAAGGGCCUGCCAUAUGAAGAUGCUGUGUGGGAAACCAUCCCAUCACCUAAAGAGACUGAGCGCUGGCAUGAUUAUCAAAGGGCAUACCAAGAUUGGGUUGCUGGGAAGUACGUGCAUGUGCCUAAAAGUCACAUUAUGAAGAAGAAUUUGACCACCGCACGGUCCAAAGAUUUUGCUACACAGCUUGUUAAAAAAACCCAACCGGCCUUACUAACAGGUGGCCAAAUUAUGGAUUACCAGAAAGAUGGCUUGAAUUGGCUUUAUUACAUGUGGUACAAAAAUCAAAAUGCCAUCCUCGCUGAUGAAAUGGGGUUGGGGAAAACAAUUCAAGUAAUCGCUCUUUUUGCGACUCUAGUUCAUGAUCACAGAUGUUGGCCUUUCUUAGUGGUUGUUCCGAAUUCUACAUGCCCUAAUUGGCGUCGGGAAAUAAAGUCCUGGGCACCUUGGUUACGGGUUGUGACAUACUACGGCACCGCAGCUGCGAGAAAGAUUGCACACGAUUACGAAAUGUUUCCGGAUGGUACAUCGGAUCUUCGAUGUCAUAUUGUUGUUACUUCAUAUGACUCAAUGAUCGACGAUAAGGCAAGGCGUCUGUUUUCAAGCAUUCCCUGGGCUGGUUUGGUUGUCGACGAGGGACAGCGCUUGAAGAACGACAAAAAUCAAUUAUAUGAGGCGUUAACGCGCAUUCACUUCCCCUUCAAAAUUCUGCUUACUGGUACCCCUCUGCAAAAUAACAUUCGCGAGUUAUUCAAUAUCAUUCAAUUCUGCGAUCCGUCUAAAAAUGCUGAGGUCCUUGAACAGCAAUAUGGGGGAGAUUUUACAAAAGAGAAGCUCACUGAACUGCAUGACAUGAUACGCCCGUAUUUUCUUCGCCGAACAAAAGCUCAAGUUCUGACAUCUUUGCCCCCAAUGGCACAGAUCAUUAUACCAGUUACAAUGAGUGUUGUACAGAAAAAACUGUAUAAAUCGAUUCUGGCCAAAAAUCCAGAGCUGAUUCGGUCGAUUUUCGAGAGAAACCAAGGGAGAACAUUGAAACGGACAGAACGUCACAAUCUAAACAACAUUUUGAUGCAGCUUCGGAAAUGUCUAUGUCAUCCCUUUGUCUACUCCAAAGCCAUUGAAGAGAGGACGGUCAAUGCGGCUUUGUCUCAUCGAAAUUUGGUUGAGGCUUCGUCAAAACUUCAAUUGUUGGAAAUGCUUUUGCCUAAACUGCAGGAAAGGGGUCAUCGCGUUUUAAUAUUUAGCCAAUUUCUUGAUAACUUGGAUGUCAUGGAAGACUUUCUUGAUGGCCUGGGUCUUCUGCAUCGCCGCCUUGACGGAUCUAUGACCUCUCUCCAAAAGCAGAAGCAGAUUGAUGAAUUUAACGUUCCCGGUUCACCAUACUUCGCAUUUUUGCUGUCCACUAGAUCUGGUGGUGUUGGGAUUAAUCUGGCCACUGCAGAUACGGUUGUCAUUAUGGACCCCGAUUUCAACCCACAUCAGGACAUUCAAGCCUUGUCGCGAGCACAUCGAAUUGGUCAAAGGAAAAAAGUUCUGGUUUUCCAAUUAGUGACGAAGGGAUCGGCCGAGGAGAAAAUUAUGCAAAUGGGAAAAAAGAAGAUGGCUCUAGAUCAGGUUUUGAUUGAACAUAUGGACGUGGAGGACGACACAGAAAUUGAUUUGGAGGCCAUUCUUCGGCACGGAGCAGAUGCUCUUUUCGAUGACAGUACCACAGACGAUAUUCACUAUGAUAACGAGGCAAUUGAAAAACUUCUUGACCGAAGCCAGAUCGAGAAUACAAAGGCUGGGGAUGAUGGAUCUGCGGAGUCCCAGUUCAGCUUCGCUAGAGUGUGGGUUAAUAAUACGCUUUCCGACAAACUAGGUGAUUCAGAAACGGCAACUCCGAGCAAUACAGUAUGGAAUAAAAUCCUACAGGAACGUGAACGUAUGGCUGCCGAAGAAGCGAAGGCAAAUGCUCAAACACUGGGGCGGGGAAAACGUAAGCGUCAAACAAUUGACUAUACUUUUCAGUGUCGUGGUGCAGAGCAUCUGCUGUCUUCGCCUAAAGCAUCAGGAAAGGAUGAUACCGAUGCAGAAUUUCAAUCCAAAAGCCCUGAGUUUGAUACCGAGGAUGUUGAUACCGAUGGCGAUUUUGUUAGCGGGCCUUGGAAAGCAAGUAAUGAAAAGAAUCCCAGACACAAAGAGUCUAUGAAAGUACGUCGGUUCAAAAGAGCCACAGUCCCUGAUAUAAACUCAGAGGUAAACGGCUCAAUGCUGGAUGGGAGUGGAGGAUCCAAUACCAGAUCGCAUUCACCACGUCGCUGCGUAGCCUGCGAUCAAAUUCAUCCAAUUGGAUACUGCCCAUUGAAAUUGGCUGGUGUUGAACAUUGUGGGCUUUGUGGGAUUGCGCACUAUGGGCGCGGACGAGCAUGCCCACACCUCAGUUCAGAAACCCAGGUUGCUUUGAUGCUCGGCUCUCUCAAAGAAAGCACUGAACAGCGAGCGUUGGUAGACGAAGCUACCAAAUAUCUGCGAGGCAUCCGAGGCGACCUUGUUAGAAGGAAGAAAAUCAAAGCGGCCAAGGAAACGACAAAUUCUCUGCCCCUAGCCACUGCUGCACCAACAUCGCAUCCAACCCAAAACGCACCAGCGUCUCCUGUCGAUCGCCCAUUCCUACCACACCAUCCAGGCCACAUUGUGGCAUAUCCUCCGUAUCCACCGCAACUACCACCACAGUUUUCACACACGCAACAGUUAUAUCAACAAUCACCAUGCCCACCGUAUCCCUACCCACCAUUUCCAACCUCCUCGUAUCCCGGUAUGACGAAGUAG